UUGACGGACUUUCUUUAAUUCUUUUCUUUUCCUCCAUAUUUUUUUUCGUAGGAGAGCACCGAAGGAGAAAGUUCAAAGGGCAAAGAUUUCAACGGUCAGCUCUCUCUCUCUCUCUCUCUCUGACAUUUCUCUUCUGAGAUCUGAAUCUGAAAAGAAACACCAAAAUGCAGGAUCCGCCAAGUCUAAACCGGGACCCGGAUCCUCCAAUUCCUUCCAAUGCCUCAUCCACCACCCAAAAGACACCGUCUUUCCCCAACCCUACCCCAUUUCGAGGCUCUCACCACAGGCGAGCCCAGUCCGAAGUCCAAUUUCGGAUCCCGGACGACUUGGAUCUCGUUUCCGACCCGUUCGAAGGGUUGGGAUCCGAAGAUGACUUGUUUUGCAAUUACAUGGAUAUUGAGAAGCUGGGAGGAUCAUCGAAGGGGUCGGAGGAAGGAGGGGGGGCUGCUGGGUCUUCGAGUGGUGGGUCGGGUCAGAACCCGAAAGGAGAGGAAAUGAGUGGCGGUUCGGGGAUGGGGGAGAAGAAUAAUGGAGGCGGGAAAGGAAGGCAUAGGUAUAGUAAUUCGGUUGAUGGGUGCUCGAUAAUGGAGUCGAUUGAAGCUAAGAAAGCUAUGGCUCCUGAUAAGCUUGCUGAAUUGUGGACUGUUGACCCAAAGAGAGCCAAAAGGAUCAUUGCAAAUCGGCAGUCAGCUGCUCGUUCCAAAGAGAGGAAAGCCCGAUAUAUAUCUGAAUUGGAGAGAAAAGUCCAAACACUUCAAACGGAAGCGACUACUCUUUCUGCGCAACUAACCCUAUUCCAGAGAGAUACAACAGGCUUGAGUACUGAGAACACUGAGCUUAAGAUUCGGCUACAAGCUAUGGAACAACAGGCUGAGCUACGUGAUGCUCUAAAUGAAGCACUGAAGAAGGAAGUCGAGAGGCUCAAGAUUGCUACAGGAGAAAUAAUAACACCCACAGAUACCUUUAAUUUGGGAAUGCACCAUUUACCAUACACCCAAUCUUCCUUCUUUCCUGCACAGCAUAUGCAAGUUGACACCCAGAAUAUUCAAGUGCCACCAUUUCAUCACAUCCAAUCCAACAUGUUGACACCUAAUCAGUCUGUGGUAGCUGCCUCCAACUCACAUGUCUUUGCUGAUAUGAUGCAACAGGAUCCUCUUGGCCGAUUGCAGGGGCUUGAUAUCAGCAGCAGGGGUUCCCACUUAGUGAAAUCUGAAGGCCCUUCAAUUUCUGCUGGUGAAAGCAGUGGGACAUAAUGAUACAAAUUCUACUGAUCUGCACCUUGCCCUGCCCUGUUUGUUGGCUUGUUCAUAGACUGACCUUAUUGACAUCGAAAGGUACUCUUUGUUGGAAUUUAAUUCUUUAAUGUGAUUGGUAUUUUAGUUUUUGUGUAGCUUUGCUAGUUCUUAAGAUAUUCAAGAUUCCUUUCUUGUGGAAUUCAAAUUCUUUUUUUUUUGGACCAAUGAUGUGGGGGUAGAAGUUUGAUCCUUAGGAAUAGAUUAAUGCAACAUGUCAAUCCAGUGGCUCCCAUUGGAUUGUCUAUUAAGUAUGGUUUAAAGCUGUAUUGGUGGUGAAUUUCUUCAAAUUGUUUUUUGUCUAAUUUGAUGACUUGCACUCCCUCUCAAAUGGGUGUGUGCACAACUGUAAAUGUUUUCUGGCUACCAUAUUGUACUGGCUUGAGUCUGCUGUUUUCCUGAUUUCCUGGCUCAGUUGAAUCUUGGAGGAUAAUAAAUGCCUCUGUAGUUGCUGUUGCUUGUCACAUAAUCAUGUGAUAUGAUUAUUUAUGACUUGUGAAUGCAUCAAUGUGGUGGCCUGAUCUAUACUCUUUUCAGAAAGAUUUUGAUUUACAACUCUGGUCAUCCCUUUGUUAGGGUGCACAAUAUGUUGACUUCUUUUUUACGUACGUAUGCGAGGUACAAGGGUAACAACUUUGAGUCAAAUAUGAUUUGUUCUACACUUCUACUGUUGACUUUUUGGUUGGGAUAAUAGGCAAAGUUAUCACCUUAAAUUGCAGGUUUCUAAUAUGCCAUUUUAUUAGUGGGAUAAAUACCAGAAAAGGAAAAAGGAAAAAUCAAAUGCCAUCAAAAUUU